AUGGGAGCUUCAUGCACUUCAUUGAAUUGUAAAAGCCAAAAGUAUAAAAAGCAAUUAAAACCGACUAUAAUAAAAAGACCUCCUCACAAAGAUCUCUCUAUAGAUGAAGAUUCUGAACCUGUAGACUAAAGAAUGAUUGUUCCACCAGACUAAGAAGAGAGUAGAACUGGAGUGUAUUUUUAAUACGAUGAAUUAAUAAAAUCUCUUCCCCCUAGUUUGUAACGAAAUUCUGUUAAAAAUAGUCGCCUUGAAAAAUGGCAAAAAAUGAUCACUUAUGGCCUCGAUCCUGAAUUAGUUAAUAAGGUAAUAGAAAAAAAGAAUAAAACUGCCUAUGACAAGAUUGUAUUCUCAAAGCAUGCUAAAAUUGGACUUAACAAGUUUUAUGAAGCUAAUCCAAAAUUAUUUCUUGCUAGAUUGUGCAAGGGACCUCCUACUCAAUAUAGAUGGCUCGCUUGGAGAUAGAUCACACUAAGAAGAUUAAAACCUGCAAAAGGAGUAUAUGAAGAGCUUUUGACUAAAGGCAAGGAUAGCAUUUGGUUACAUGAUAUUAUGAAGGAUCUGGACAGGACAUUUCCAUUGCUUCCAUUUUUUGAUAAGGAUUAAUAUGGAACAAUUGGAUAAAAGGCUUUAAUGAAUAUAUUGUAAGCUUAUUCAAUCUACAAUGAAAAAGUGGGUUAUUGCCAAAGUAUGAACUUUUUGGUAGGAUUCAUUAUGCUAAUGAAUGGUGGUAAUGAAAAAGAAUCAUUUUGGUUCUUUUGUACUUUAAGUUAGACUUACAAAACUGAUUCUGACUAUCCAAAAAUAGAAGGAAUCAGAGGUUUCUAUAAAAAGGAAUUUCCACUACUUCAGCAGUACUUUUAUUAAUUUGAUCAGAUAUUUUAAUUUGAACUACCAGAGCUACAUUAACAUUUUUCAGAAAUUUCAAUUCCUAACUUACUUUGGUUGUAGAAAUGGUUUUAAUCUUUAUUCCUUUAUAGUUUUCCUCUUGGACUUUGCAUCAGAAUUUGGGAUAAUCUACUGGUAUUUGGUACAAGAUACAUGUUCUAAGUUUGUAUUGCAAUACUCAGACUAAUUCAUGACGAUUUGAUGUAACUUGACAUCUAAGGUGUAAAUGAUUAUUUCAAGUCUUUUAAGGAUGAAGAUUAAGGAAGUAAUAAAUUACUUCCUACAAUAGAAACAAUUAUUGAUGAGAGCUACAGAGUGAAAAUAGAUUAAAAAUGGUUAGAUGAACUUAAAGAUUAAUAUAAAGCACUCUAGACACCAAAGCAAAACAGAGAAAGUGAAAGAGUAGGUUUAGGGGUUGUAAGACAAUAAGCACAAGAAAAUUUUGAAAGAGAAUAACAAGUUGAAAUACUUUAGUAAAUAGAAAAAGAAUAUUCUUAGAAAUAGCUUUAAGAAGAGGAAAAGAUAAAAAUGGAAGAUAUAUAAAAUGAAAGUGUUGAUUAAUAGGAAGAUCAGUAAGCUCAAAGUUCUCAUCAUUAAGUCGGUGGUAGUUCAAGUGGUGCUUUUAAUGCAGAUCUUUCCGGUGUCUAAGAUAAAAAAUUCCAUCCUUAAAUCAUAAAUUAUGAAGAAUAAAGUAGAAAAUCAAUGAAAGUUCGAGUACAUAGUACAAGAAACUUGGACUAAAGAACAGAGAACAUGUCUAUUCAUUAAUCAAUGAAGUAGAUUAUUGACGAUAUCAAACUACCUCCUAUUCAUUAGAACAGAAACUAUAUGAUAUUUGGUGCUCAGUAAAGAGAAUUAUUUGACAAAUCUCUAACUAAUAAAAACUCCAGCGAUAAUUUCUCAAUUACUUAAUCUAUUCAUGAAGCUGAAAGUGAGAAAUUUAGAAGAGAUAUUAUUAGAGCUUCAUCUUCCUCUACUCAUAUUCAUCAACUUAAUUUAUCAAAUUCUGGUUCAAAUCUUCCAGCGCUUGUUUAAUAGAGGAAAAUUAUUAAUUAUAAAGAGAAGGUUAAGAAUCCCAAAGUCACUUAAAAGAAUUAUAACAUCUAUCAAUAAGCUCACCAUCAUCUACUCUAAAGAUUGAAAGAAUAAAAAUAGCGUUAAAAUUCUGAUGAUAGAGUUAGAGAAGAAUCUUUAGAAGAUAUAGGAGAUGCCGAAGAUGACAAUUAAACCUUUAACUAAAGGAUAGAAACUUCUUAGAAUCAUCAUAAUAUAGAUGAAAGCAGUGAUAUGAUAAUGAUUGAGAGAUUGAAAUCUAUUCACAAUUAAAGAGAAUUCUAAUCUAUACAGUUGGAUGAUCAUCCACCAGUAUAAGUUGAGGAAAUAGAAUAGACUGAUUAAGAGGAAGAAGAUUAAGAUAGAGUAGGUAAUAUGAGCUAAAUGGGUGAUUAAGUAUCAUAGAGUUCAAUGCAUAGAGGAUAGGAGAGUGAUUGCCUAACAGACUCUAAUAAAAUGAAUAUAGCAGAGUUAUUGUAAAAGCGUCAGCAAGAUGGAGGAAUCAACUCUGACACAAUUAUACACUUUGUUAAUAAUCUUCCAAUAUGA